GAUUCUUCAGUUCUUCCUUGGAUGAUGGCGCUUCAACUUUGCUACAUGUCAAGGAAUUCUUCUGAAAAUAACUUGAGAUAAACAGGAAGAAGAAAAGAUUUCAAUAAGCUAUGUUCAUAAAGGGAGAUGGAGAAUGAUAUAGAGGGUGUGCAUUGGUGCAACAUAUGCUCUAAAAUGGUGAAUCCAAUGAGUGAUGAUGAGAACAUAUGCCCGUUUUGUGAGACAGAAUUUUCUGAGGUAAUGGACAACCUAAGGGACCAGAAUGAUGUUUUUGACUUAAGGUCAGCUUGGGUGUUCUCGCUUUACGCCCCAAUUUUUCUCGGUUUGAUGGGUGCUUUCAGCCCUUCCCUAGCAAGAAUUGCUCCACAUGGAGGCAGCAGCAGCUCAAGGGGUGUGGAAGAAGAGGUUGAGCAAGAGAGGGAAAAUGAACUUGUGCUUGGGAGAAGGAGAAGAACUUCAACUUACAUGAUGCACCUCUUUCGCGGUCUUCACAUUAGGAUGGUGUCUGAACUUGAAAACCCUGAAGACAAUAAUAGGAACAUGGAUGGCAGCAGCAUACUUGUGAUUGAUCCAUUCAGUGAAGGUGCAUUGAUUGUGAGGGGACCUAACUUGAGCCACACAACUAGUUCGAAUGAGAAUAAUGCUGUCGGAAGCUCCUUGAAUGACCUUGUGGUAGGAUCUGGCUUUGAUUUGUUGCUACAGCAUUUGGCACAGAUUGGUCCUGGUGGCUAUUCAAGUGUUAACCCUCCGGCACAGAAGGCGGCAAUUGAGGCAUUGCCUAGUGUGACUAGUGAGGAGAAGUUUCAGUGCCCAGUGUGCUUGGAGGAUGUUGAGGUUGGGAGUGAAGCAAAGGAGAUGCCAUGUAUGCACAAGUUCCAUGGUGACUGCAUUGUCUCAUGGCUCAAGCUUCAUGGCUCUUGUCCAGUUUGCAGGUUUCAGAUGCCAUCUGAGGAUUCAACUCUUGAAGCCAAUGUGGAGAAUCGGAACAGUGAGCUGGUCAGAGCUGGAGAAGAGAGACCCAGAAAUGGAAGGAGGAACUGGUUUCCAGUGCUGCAAUCGUUUAACAAUUUUCUUCCUUAUCCUUGAUCAAUACUUUCUUGGGUUUUAAAUAGCUGUUGUAGUUGUACUGUUGCGGAGAGUUAAAAAACCUUGAUGCUGCGGUCAAAAUUGCUGUCGUGGGCUGUUUAUUAAAGCCCUUUGGGGUCUAGUCUUUCUCACCCUCAUCAAGCAUGAACAGCUAAGUCUAGAUACUGUCAUGCCUCUUAAGUCUUAAAUCCUUCCUAAUUGUAUAUGAUUUAGAUUUCCUUGUCUGCAUUUCUUGUACCAUUCAAAUAUGCAUAUGUUUGUAAAUAUUUGCAAGAACAGAAUAAA